GUCAACGUUGAGAUAACCACCUCCACCACCUCCACCUAGCAUUGCUUCCUAUACAGACACGAGACACCUCUCUCUCUCUCUCCCCUCUAUAUAUAUAUCUAAACUGCCCAUAGCUACCCUUGCCUUGGACGCUUGUCUAACCACAAAAUCACAAGGUUUUAGAGAGAGAGAGAGAGAGAUUAAAGGUAAUAUGGGCAGACCUCCUUGCUGUGAUAAAAUUGGUGUGAAAAAAGGGCCAUGGACACCUGAAGAGGACAUCAUCUUAGUCUCAUACAUUCAAGAACAUGGACCUGGGAAUUGGAGAGCUGUGCCUACUAAUACAGAUUUUGGGUUGAUCUCAGGUUUGCUUAGAUGCAGUAAGAGUUGCAGACUUAGAUGGACUAACUAUCUCCGUCCCGGUAUCAAACGUGGUAACUUCACUGAUCAUGAGGAGAAGAUGAUCGUCCACCUCCAAGCUCUUCUUGGAAACAGAUGGGCUGCAAUAGCUUCUUACCUUCCUCAGAGGACAGACAAUGAUAUAAAGAACUUUUGGAACACCCAUUUGAAGAAGAAGCUGAAAAAGCUUCAAGGACAUGAUCAUGAUCAUGAUCACAAUAAUGAAGAUGGGUUCCCAGUUUCACAGUCAAUCUCAAAGGGCCAGUGGGAGAGAAGGCUUCAAACAGACAUACACAUGGCCAAGCAAGCUCUUUGUGAGGCUUUGUCCCUUGACAAAUCACCUGCUGAUCAAUCCAAACCAUCCAAUGUCUAUGACCCUUAUUCCAAACCCAUCCAAUCCUCCACAUAUGCGUCCAGCACAGAAAACAUCGCUCGAUUGCUCAAAAACUGGACCAAAACUUCACCAAAAUCGUCUCAAACAAGCUCAGAAACCACUCAGAACUCCUCUAGUGACCAAGUAAUUAGGACUGCUUAUAGUCCUAGUGAAGGGCCACUAAACUCAUUGACACCCGAGUGUUUCGAAUCCCUGUUCAGCUUCAACUCUUCCAACUCCGACAUCACUCAGUCUGUGUCGGUGGACCCCAAAUUCACACCGGAGACUAGCCUCUUCCAAGAUGAGACAAAGCCGAAAUUGGACACUCAAGUCCCUCUAACAUUGCUAGAAAAAUGGCUGCUUGAUGAUGGUGCUCCUCUACAAGGUCAAGAUGACCUAAUGGACAUGUCCUUAGGGGAAUCUGUUGAGUUGUUUUGAACUUAGAAGGGCUCAAGUCUCAAACUUUUGGGGGUGUUAGUGUUACCUCUCUUUAUACUUCUUUUAUGGGUUUAUCUAUAUGAUCAUUCCUGUAUUAGAAGAGAAAAAAAAAAAUUGUAAAUUAUAUUUAAGUUUUAUCUAUAUGUGUACCGGAUAGGAAUAAAUCUCCUCUCAUCUUCUUAUAUAUAGUUCAAACUUUGUACUCUUGUACACCUUUUAGUAGGUAUAUAUAUAUAUAUAUAUAUAUAUAUAUAUAUAUAUAUAUAUAUAUAUCUGGAUAUGGGAAUUAAGGUUUUUUCUUGCUUAGGUCUUUUAAAAA